GUACAUGGGAGGCCAACACAGUGUGCGAGUCUGACACCCUGUGUGAUCCUGCUGGCCUUGUGUCCUCCACCAACCCAGAGGCUCAUAUUGGCAACCGCCGCCUAUCACCUGGGUCUGGCAACUGUGGUGGAGGAGGUGGAGGCUGCCCAACUGGGGUUGACCAGCAGCCCUGCCAAGCAUCACCCCAGGCCCUCGAGGGCAACCUGAACGGACCCACCCAUGUACAUGCCUUCACUUACCGUAGAGACAGAGAUCGUAGAGGCCAGCACAAAGGCCGUGGCCCUCGCAGAGAGGGGCCCAGGGGGGCAGGGCGUGUAGCAGAUAGGCCCCCGAAGCAGAGCCAGAAGGAGAGGUGGGUGGAGGACAGCCUGUCUCUACUCAAGCACCCACCUGCUUUUCCAGUGCAGGACAGCCCUGCCAAGCUGCAGCCAACCAUCAGCUAUGCCUCGAAAGUGAAGUCAGGGGCGGUGGGUGGAGUGCUGGAGGAGGAGGGCCGCCCAGCUAUCGGUGUCCUGCUGCAGAACCAGUGGGGACUUAGUUUCAUCAGUGAGGUCCUCCAAGCCACAGAGGGUUCAGUUCCCUCUCCUGCCCCCAUAGCAGCACCUCAGCUCACAUUUGGAGGUGAAACCACCAACCCAACACAAGAGAGGCAGCACAUAGUCCAGGCCAGUGGUGAAAUCCCAGUUCCUGUCACUACCUCAAUCUCCAUUGACCAGUACAGAGAAGAGGAAGCAAAGAUCAAUGGGAAGCUGCUUCUCACCUGUCACCAUCUAAAGGAGGCUCUGCACUAUCACACAAUAGAAUGGAAUGUCACCUGCAACAAACAGAAAGAAGAUCCCAAUAAGGUAGUUUGGUAUAAGAACUCCUGGACCAGCCAGCCCUAG